CGGUCCGGGGUCCGGCAACCACUCUCCCCUCCUCUCUCUCCGCGCGCCCCCCCCCCCCCCAUCCACAUCAGGACUGUCCCGGGGUGGGUCCCUUCAGGGUGCUGGGAAGCCACGCACCCUCACAAACUCAGCCUCCGCCUCGAGGCCGGCACAAGCGAGGCCUUUGUGGCGCCGGGGCCUCACCCCAGUGCUCCAGGCUGCAGUGGGCGUGGAACCAGACCUGCGGAGUGGCGCCUGGGUGGUCCCGGUGGUCGCCAUGAAGACCUCACUGAGCUCCCCGCCACCCAAAUGGUUCGCCCACAGCUUACACUCAAGUCGCCUCUCUUGCCAGAGGUUUCUUCCCUUUGACCCCGAGGGGGGCGGAACUGGGAGGGCCCCUUCCUCCCAUUCGCUUCACUCAAUCUGCCCGCUUGGGUCUCUAAGCUCCCUGCUGUGGGUGCCCGGCCCGCCACCACCUAGCCCCAGGUCAGCCUCGGAGCCCAGCGCGGUCCUGAGGGAAGGCGUGCGCCGCUGCCUGCAGCAGCAGUGCGAGCAGACGGUUCGGAUCCUGCACGCCAAGGUGGCCCAGAAAUCAUACGGAAAUGAGAAGAGGUUCUUCUGCCCGCCGCCCUGUGUCUACCUCGCAGGUCCCGGUUGGAGGGUGAAGCCAGUGCCGGGCCAAGCCCACCAGUCCGGGGAGACUGGGCCCCUGGUCUGCGGUUACAUGGGACUAGACGGCGCGUCCGGCAGCGCCGCCGAGACGCAGAAGUUGAAUUUCGAAGAACAGCCGGACUCCAGGGAGUUCAGUUGCGCCAAGACUCUGUACAUCUCGGACGCAGACAAGAGGAAGCACUUCCGACUGGUGUUGCGGCUCAUGCUCCGAGGCGGCCGGGAGCUGGGCACCUUCCACAGCCGCCUCAUCAAGGUCAUCUCCAAGCCCUCGCAGAAGAAACAGUCGCUGAAAAACACCGACCUGUGCAUAUCCUCGGGCUCGAAGGUCUCCCUCUUCAACCGCCUGCGCUCCCAGACAGUCUCCACGCGCUACCUCUCUGUGGAGGACGGGGAUUUUGUGGCCAGUGCACGCCAAUGGGCGGCCUUCACUCUCCACCUGGGUAAUCCCACCAGCAGGCCCGGAGCUGGGCACUUCACAGGCAUUCACUUAUUUAAUCUUCACCACAACUGGCCCAGGGAAGUAAAUGUUGCCCCAUGGAACCGAGGCUCACAGACACCAAAAGACUUGUCAAAAGUCCUAGUGAGUCAGAAACUGAAUCCAGCCCUUCCCCCUGACUCAGCCCCUGCCCCCAGGGCACAGGCAUUCUCAAGGAUGGGCCACAGGGGGUUUCUCCAGGCUGAGAAUUUUCAGCCUGAGCUGCCUCUCCGUGUGCCGACCCCGCCCUUAAGACCCACGUGCGACACGAGGCGGAGUCAGAGGCAACAGGAUUUGGGACAGAAGCUUAGGACCCCUGAAGCCCUCCUGCCUUCUGUUUAUUCCUCAGCUGAUGAACACUGUUCCCAGGGGGACUUCCCGCCUCGAGAGGGCUACGUCCGCUACGGCUCCCUGGUGCAGCUCGUCUGCACGGUCACGGGCAUCACCCUACCUCCGAUGAUCAUCCGCAAAGUAGCCAAACAGUGUGCCCUCCUCGACGUGGAUGAGCCCAUCUCCCAGCUCCACAAGUGUGCAUUCCAGUUUACUGGUGAUCAUCCAGGAGGAGGCGGCACCUACUUAUGUCUCGCUACAGAGAAGGUGGUGCAGUUUCAGGCUUCCCCCUGCCCCAAGGAGGCCAACAGAGCGCUGCUCAACGACAGCUCUUGCUGGACCAUCAUCGGCACCGAGUCGGUGGAAUUCUCCUUCAGCACCAGCCUGGCGUGUACCCGGGAGCCGGUCACUCCCGUGCCGCUCAUCAGCACCCUCGAGCUGAGUGGCGGGGGCGACGUGGCCACCCUGGAGCUCCACGGUGAGAACUUCCACGCGGGGCUCAAGGUGUGGUUCGGGGACGUGGAGGCCGAAACCAUGUACAGGAGCCCGCGGUCCCUGGUUUGUGUGGUACCCGACGUAGCCGUCUUCGGCAGCGACUGGCGCUGGCUGCGCACACCCAUCACAGUGCCCGUGAGCCUCGUGCGCACCGACGGCCUUUUCUACCCCAGCGCCUUCUCCUUCACCUACACGCCGGAGUACAGCGCGCGGCCGGGGGCCCCGGGCGCCCCAGGCGCCCCGGCGGCGCCCGCUGCUGACGCCGACGCGCUCCUGGAGAGCAUCCAUCACGAGUUCACGCGCACCAACUUCCACCUCUUCAUCCAGACGUAGCAGGAGCGGCCUGGACGCUGAGACCUGGGCCGGAGCCAGUUUUCUGGGUCCUGAGCCCUGCCCUCCGCCUCGGUGCGGCGCAAGUGAAGACUGCAGGCCGACUUGCAGAAAGCUCUCGCCCUAGAAACCUGGCCCUGCGGGUCUUUCACCAGUUACUCCCUCGUCUUCUUCCGUCUAGGAAGACUCCGCCUGAGUGAAGCUCCCUUUGUAUCGGGUCAGGAGCGUGCCUUUCUCUGUCAUCGUCUUUUGUCUUUUUCACUCCCACACAGUCUCUCCCGCAGUAACUGUAGUUUUGCUUUUUUUUUUUUUUUUUUGGCCAUGCCACAUGGCCUGUGGGAUCUUAAUUCCCAGACCAGGAAUGGAACCCGCUCUCCAUGCGGUGGAAGUGCAGAGUCUUAGCCCCUGGACCGCCAGAGAGUUCCCUGUAGAUCUCUCUUCUCUGUGCAUCCCUGCGCCUGCAUCUUUGUGUCUCUCCAGCUCUCUCUGGGCCUGGCAUACAGUUUCACACACUGUGAAAAGCCUAGCCUAGAGCGUUGACCCUCCAGGCAGCUGUGUCUUCCCUGAAAGAGGAAAUGGGUAGUUUCACACACAGGGGCAUGGGGCAUGGGCUCAUGCUUGCCCUGCUGGCCCUGAAGCACCAGGCCCUGCCUUGAAUACUGGGUCCCACUCCAAGCACCAAGUCCCUUCUGGAGCAUGGGGAACCUGUGCUGAAGUGCUGACUUCCACCCUGUAGUACAAAGCUCAGUCCUCUCCUUAGUCUUCUUCUGGCUGGAGCCAGGCACAGUACCCAUGCAGAUGUUUGCCCUCUGGUCCACAACUCUGGUGGCUGGGCAGGUCCCUGGGGCAGUGGUCAGGUCUUGCCAUCUUAAUUAUCUACCCAGGCAUCUCUUUCGCAGGACCAGUAAGAUGCAGUCAGUCCUAAGGGUUGGAGAUUGCUCUGCUGUGUUGGCAUCAACUCCCAACCAGGGCAGAGUCUGAUCUGUAUGACCCACCUGCCCCUAGAGGGAGGUGCCCCAGUGUGCUUCCCUCCACAUAUGCACAGAGCAGAGGACCACAUGUGUGGUGGAGCAGAUAACUCACAUUUGUGAUAAUUCCUGGAGUAGCAACGGGGGUUCAGAGGUAGCCAGCAUCCCUGAGCCCCUGUCCCUGCUCUGGGUACCACCUGCUGCCUCUGGGCAGGCCUAGGGGCAACCACAAGACACAAAACAAAACUUGCGCAGGACAACUCUAAGCAGAACUCCCAGGAUCUGCUGGGCAAUAAUCAAGUCGCAAGAAUAAGUUAUUUGGAUGGAGCCCAAGGAUAAAAUUGCAAUUUAUCACCGCCCAGACUCUCCACCCUCUGCCAAAUGUGUGCCCCACAGGGAGGGUCCUGACUCGGGCUGUGGAAACUAUGACACAGAUAUCAUAGGUGCCAGCUACUUGUACCAGCCCCUGGGGGUGCUGAAAGGGAGAAUUGGUCUGAAAUGUGGGUCAAAGGCUCUCACCCCUCUGGGCCUUUCUUUAAGCUCUAAGUUCAUUUCCUGAGAUGCUUUCCCCAGAACAUGGAAACCCCCUGUGAAAAAGAAGAAGCUGGUAUUUCCCAAGGAGGCAAAAUGGGCUUUGCUCUUAGAGUCCUCAAAGUCUUCGCUAAGUUCUGUUCUCUGCCAUCAGCAGGCUGAAACCCACAGUGAUGGGAAAGAGAAGCUUGUCCAGAGUCUGCCAUGGCCCCUGAGAGUGGAUCCUGGCGGAGGAACCCAGGGAACAAAAGGAUGGAAAAUGUCCUCCACGUGAGGGCCUGUUCCAGGAGAGUUUGAGCUCACUGCCCUGUGAAAUUGAAACAGGAAGUCACUUGUAAAGAGCCUAAGAGGUUUCAAAACAUAUCACGUGGGGAGUUGGGGCUCAAGGGCCUUUCCAGUUCUGCCCUCAAGAACUUCCUCCACCACUCCACCAGGCAGGAGUCCCGGAGGCCAAGGACCUAGGUUGGCCUGAAAGCCCAGCCAUGCAGCUCUAUUUUUUGCCUUGCCCUCAGGACACUCCCCGGAGAAGGCAAUGGCACCCCACUCCAGUACUCUUGCCUGGAAAAUCCCAUGGACUGAGGAGCCUGGUAGGCUACAAUCCAUGGGGUCGUGAAGAGUCAGGCACGACU